UGCUGCCGCGCGAGUGUGAGCGUCCCUGACCCUAACCCCCGAAUCCCCAAUCCCUAACCUAGCUCAGUACUCAGUCGCUCUCUCUUCUCCAAAUCUUCACACCUGCGGCACCCACGUUCCUCCCAAGUCCCAGCACCGCGAAGCCUUCCUCCGAAUCUCAACGCCGAAGCCUUCCUCUUUGCGGAGACGCGGACAGAGCAGAGAUCCCAACACGAAGCCGUCGCACAUCAGGCCAGCACGCCACCCACUGACUCAACAGGGCAGCCCAGCUCCACGCCGUCGCCGUUGAGACGCCACCACCCAGCAGCGUUUAUGGGUUCUGGCCACGAUCAUCAGUUCAACCCAGCACCUCCCAGUCUCCCACUCAGCCUUCCUCCCAAGUCAAUAUGGAGCCCGAGCCACCGAUUCAGAUUGGGUUCGAGAUGAUGCUUGGGCACCUAAUUUAGGGAAUGGCAACAGUUCUGUUCAAGGUCCUGAUUGGAAAAGUUAAACAGAAAAUAAACCUACUGCUUCUUCAGUGUUGAUGUGGCCAAAGACAUACAAUUCUGUUGUAGAGGAUUGUGUCUCGUCUUAAUUCUCAAUUAGCUGGUGCUGUAGUAACUCCAAAGAUCUUAAGUGAAACUUUUUGGUGGUUUACUCACGCGUACAGUUUCUCCAUGAAGACUUGGAGGCAAUUUAUUGGACUGUGUAUAUAUUUGUUGGUGUGGAGUCCAUUUAUAUCAUCUCCUAUUGUGGAUUCUGCAAAUUCAAACUUCAACAGUGGAAAUGAAAGAACCUUUCAUCCCGUCAAGAAAUUUGUGAUGCAGUCUUAUUUUGACAGGCACAUAAAAUUACAUGAUUCAGUUUUUGAUAAUUUUAUAUCUCAAGAAGACAAUGUUGGUUUGUGUCAAGUGCUUCCAGAAAACCAUGAUUUUGUGCCAAGAUUGUCAGUUCUGAAGCGAGAUCUUAUUGGCGAAGGUUCUCAUCGUCAUGUGUCUACGUUACUAAAAUUUCAAUCUCAGCAAUUAGAGUCUUCGUCCCAACUUCUAAGCUCCUUGUGUGACUUCAUAAUUAUUGAAAGACUACCUACCGGGGUUUUUGCUGAUCCAUUUGAACUACAGCGACUUGUUCAGCGUGGUGUCUUCAAUGAUGUUGAUGUCUUUGGUGAUACAAAUCUGGAACUUCCUUCCUUCUUGUCUAAUCGUUCUGCUGUUGAAAUACAUUUGGUUGUUGACCCAAAUAAAUUUCUAGAGCCAACUGAUAUCAAGAUUGAGCUUCCAUUGCAUGCGCGAUAUCAACCUCUAAAUGAAAGUGGCUACUCCACAGUUGAACUUGGUAUGCCUGAUAUUCUGGUGCACUGCAGCACAAAGGAAAGGUCAGAAAAUCAAAAUUAUUUCUUCAAAUUGACCAACAAUGAUGCUGAUGUUAUGUAUGAAGCUGAUGUUCUUUGGAGAAUUCCUUCUGGGAAAAAGGCACAUUCUAACCUAGUCUUUGUCAUUACAUUUAGUGUAGCCUUGUUAUCAACUCUUGUAAUUUUUCUCUCGUCAUUAGAAUAUUCUAAGAGAAGAGUGAGAAAAGAUUCCAAGCAAUCUUAGAAGUUCUUCCGCCAAGAAUUCUGGGUAUUGAUUAUAGUGUCUUGUCCCUUCUUUUAUGGGUAUUGACAAAGUUUAGGUGGCUUUAAUAUUGGUCAGUCAACCAAGGUCAGAGUAUAUGUCUGUGCUUAUGAAAAGAGUGUUCAUAGCAAUAGAAACUAGAAAGGACUCGAAUCCACAUUCUUUUGAUAUAUGUUCUGAACAUUGGCUUCUUUGCUGACUCUCCUUUACAGUAUAUCUCGUCUAUAAUAACCCCCCAGGCAUGAUUUGGGUGAAAAUUGUUAUUACUA